AUGGAGACAGUUCGUGCGUUGAUGGCAGGCCUGAAGGCGCCGCAGCACUACGACAAGGUCUUCAAGGAUGAAUGUGUGUACACAUGUGACACGCCAUUCUCUGAGGGUGGUCUGGCAGUGAAUUUGCGGACGUGGCAGGGCGUAGCUGCAGACAUGAUCGACUUGGACAUGGAAAGAUCGCAGAGCAGAGGUGCUUUAUACCUGAUGCAAAAGUUCCGUCGGCAAGAAAAAGAAACACCAGAUACUGCGCAAGAGCCGACAAAGCUUGCCAUCGGGGUCGAAGGUGGCUUCUUGCCGGAUGACAAGUAUGAGACGGUCAAGGAAUAUUCGCUUCUGGUCGCCAGUCCGACGGGUGAACGCACAACGUUGCUCUAUCCCAGUGAGGAACUGCCGAUGAUUGUCUCGAGUGUGUGCGAGGCUAUCAUAGCACACCAGGCUGAGCUGAUACUCACUCUUCUGGGCUAUGCCGUGGGCGUGGGAAAUGUUUGGCGCUUCCCCUACUUGACGUAUACUUAUGGCGGAGGUGCCUUCCUCAUUCCCUAUGGUCUCAGCUUGGUGCUGCUGGGCAUACCGCUUUUUGUGCUGGAGCUGGGCCUGGGGCAGCUGACCCGACGUGGCACGCUGGGCAUGUGGACCAAGUUGGGCUUGCCGCGCUGGCAGGGGGUAGGCUUGGCAGCCAUGGUGUGUACCUAUCUGGUGGGACUGUACUACAUCGUCAUUCUUGCUUGGACCAUUUACUACCUUGGCAGGACAAUUGCUGCCUUGCCAUCUGGCUAUCUACCAUGGAGCGAUGUGGCUCCAGGAGUCGUCUGUCCGACAAAGGAUCUGUACCUGCACAAGACAGUUGCGGACAGCGACUACCUGGUUGACAGCGUCACAGGCUUGCUGAACUCCACCUUUGUUUCCAGCACAUGGUGCCCGUCGACAUCCAGCGAUCAAGCCCCUGCAGACUACGUACUGAGAACACUGCAGCCCACGAGAUGCCCAGCAAGAAUGGCGAAGAUCUUCUGGGAAGAGCAAGCCUUGAAUCAAAGCAGUGGACUGGACGAGAUUGGAGGCUUGAAUCCGGGGUUGUUGGUGUCCCUGACCAUUGCGUGGUUGGUAAUUUGGCUGAUCGUUUUCAAGGGCGUGAAGUCCUCCGGGAAAGUUGUUUACGUCACAGCCACCUUGCCGUACGUAUGCUUGGGAAUCUUCUUGGUUCGUGCACUGACAUUGCCAAAUGCCUUCGUCGGCCUGAAGUUUUUGUUUGAAGCCGAUUUUAGCCACCUCUCGGACCCUCAAGUUUGGAUCCACGGAGCUGUGCAGAUAUUCUUCUCGCUGGGCGUUGGUUACGGAUCCAUUGUCGCAUUCGGUUCCUAUGGUAGCAAAGGUGGCAACUUUGUCCGUGAUGCCACUUCUGUUGCUAUCACCAACUGCGGCACCUCAGUUCUGGCUGGCUGCGUUGUGUUUCCAGUUCUGGGCUUUCUAGCGCAGGAGUUGCACGAGACAGAUCCAUGCAUCUCAGCAGAUAGCUUGGACAGCCUCAAGAGCAUUGGCUUGUCCGGAACAGGACUUGCAUUUGUGGCGUUUCCAAUCGCUGUGUCGCAGAUGCCGGGCAGCUUCUUCUUCGCCAUACUAUUCUUCUUCAUGAUGUUGCUGCUUGGAAUCGACUCGCAAUUUGCGUACAUCGAAACCUUGGCAACUGCCCUGGCUGAUGCUGGGUGGGGAGAGCGGCUUCCGCGCCCGGCUCUAGCAGGAGUGAUAUGCUUGGUCUCCUACUUGCUCGGCUUGGUCUUUGUGACCCGAGCUGGGAUCUACUUCCUGGACUUGUUUGACAACUACGUCAGCAUCUAUGUGAUGUUUGCAGUGGGAUGUUUAGAAUGCGUUGGUUUGCUUUGGACGCGGCAGGGCAAGACUUGGGAACUCUUCAAAUCCUUGUGCGUUGAUCACACUGGUCACCAUCUGGGGCGGCUCUACAACGUGAUGUGGGGGUACAUCUGUCCAGGGCUGUGUCUCUUGCUGGCGAUCGUCAGCAUCACUCCACCAUUUGGGAAGCUGGAUAUCAUGGACGCCCAUUCUUCCAAGCCAUACCCGGAAGGAACUGGCUUCUUCCCCAGUUGGACGGUUCCUGUUGGAUGGUUUCUUGCUUCAGCGCCUAUGGCUGCUAUGGCAGUCAUUGCAACAUGGCCAAACGUCCUCAAGACCAGCCGGAACGGGGGCUCAACAAUAUUUGACCAGGGUGCGAAAUCCAUGGACGCAGUGGCUCAGUGGGAAGAUGACGAAGUGACAGAGUCCAAGUAUUACAAGGACUUGGUGCAGUUGCCAGCAUCAAAGAAGAUCAGCCCAAAUCCCAAGGACUGGCUGUGUGAGAAGAGUGGCGACACGCAGAACCUUUGGCUCAACCUCUCUGAUGGGUUCAUUGGGGGCGGCCGGAAGUUCUGGGACGGCUCUGGUGGCAGCAACGGAGCCUUGGACCACUUCACUGAGGAGAAAGCCAAGGGAAAUUUUUACCCUCUUGUGGUGAAGUUGGGAACCAUAACGCCUGCAGGCGCCGAUGUCUACUCCUAUGCGCCCGACGAGGACAAGAUGGUCAAGGACCCCUUGCUCGCAAAGCAUUUGGAGCAUUGGGGCAUUGACGUCAUGAAGAUGGAGAAGACAGACAAGACCCUGGCAGAGAUGCAGGUGGAUCUCAACUUGAACUACGAUUGGUCGAAAAUCUGCGAAUCCGGAGACAAGCCCUUGGUCCGGCUUCGCGGGCCAGGUUUGGUUGGCCUCAAGAAUCUUGGGCAGUCCUGCUACAUGAACUCUUCGGUCCAGCUUUUGCUCGCGCUUCCGGAAGUGAAGCAGCGCUACUUAGAUGCAGAUUUGCAGAUCCGAAAAUCUGCGCCUGCAGAAGUGCAGAAUGAUCUGCUCGGCCAGGUGGCAAAGCUUGUCAGUGGCUUAAAUGGCCCACGCUACGCGCCACCUCUGAAAGAUGGAGAUGAUGAGGAAGACCCCAGAUACUCCAUCGCACCUCAGAUGUUCCGCUCGCUCAUCGGGAGAGGGCACGUCGAGUUCUCCACUGCAAGGCAGCAGGAUGCCGCGGAAUUCGUUCAGUACUUCCUGGAGCAGAUUGCACGCUCUGAGCGGAGUGCUCUGGGCUCCCGGUUGACGGGAGAUAGCUCGACUACCGCCCUUUUCGAGUUUGCGGUGGAAGAGCGGCUGCAGGAAAGCUCUGGUCAAAGGAGAGUGAAGUAUAGUACGGUCCAGCAGAACAUGCUCGGUCUUCCAGUCAAGCUGGAUGAUGCUGAGAACCUCCAAGAGGUUACGGCAUUCAGAGCAGCAAAGGACAAAGGCGAGCAAGAGGCGAAGAAGCCGAAAACAGAAGGUGAGCCGGAAGAGCCCAAGCCUGUGAUACCACUGCCGUCUUGCUUGGCACGCUUCGCAGCACCUGAGGAUGGCGUCCAAUUUCGAGGCAGCGCUGCUUCAAAGACGUCGAGGAUGGCCACCAUGCCAAGGUACCUGCUGGUGCAGCUUCAGCGGUACUAUGUGGACGAGAAGUGGUGCCCGGCCAAGUUAGACUGCAAGGUUCCUAUGCCAGAGACACUCAAUCUUGAGCACCUCCGUGGCAGGGGUCUUCAACCAGGAGAGGAGCCGGUGCCAGAAGAGCCGGAUGCUCCUCAGGCGGCUCCAGCUGCUGCACCUCAAGCAGACGACAUGAUUGUCGCGACGCUGGUGUCCAUGGAUAUUGGUGAAAACGCUGCCAAGCGUGCCAGCCUGGCUGUGGGCAACUCCAGUGCAGAAGCCGCCAUUGCGUGGUUUUUUGAGCACAAUACCGAUCCCGACAUCAACGACCCUGUGGGACCAGUUCCUGAAUGGGGCUAG